CCCCCGAACCCCCGGCACUGGGACCCCCGGCUUUGGGACCCCCGGCUUUGGGAACUCCCAGAUUUUGGGCACCCUCAGGGCUUUGGAGACCCCCGGCUCGGGGCCCCUCGGGUUUAGGGACCCGCGGGCGUGGGAAGCCCCAGGUUUGGCGACCCGCAGGGGUUUUAGACCCUUCAGGCUUGGGGAUCCCCCUGGUUUUGGGGGUUUGAGAACCCCCCAAGUCUGAAGACACGCAGGUUCAGGGACCCCCGCGUUUGGGGACCCCCGCGUUGGGGACCCCCGCGUUUGGGGACCCCCGUCCAGCCCCAUGGACACCCCCGAGGAGGCGGCAGGGGCGGCGGCCCCGCACGGUUUGGGGGCGCUCCUGGGGCUCCGGGCUGUUUCGGGGGGGUUCGAGGUCGGGUCGGGGGUCCCGGGAAGUCCUGGGGGUGUCCCCGGUGCCCGCUCCGACACCGGGGGGAGGGAGGGACACGGGAGGCAGCGCCGGGACCCCUCCCCGCGGGCACCGGAGCCCCCCCCGACAGGCGGGACCCUCGGUGUCCCCCCGUUUUCCCCGGGCGGGGGCUCCCCCCGGCCCGGCCUUUGUUCCCUGUGCGCGGGGGGGGGGGGGACCCGCAGCCCUGACAUCACCGGCGGCCUAUGGGCGCCGGGAUCCCGCCGCUGCUCCCGGUGAUUUAUUUACCCAAAUAUAACCGGGGCGGGGAUGGAACCGGCGUCACCGCGGGGGGAGCUGGCACCGCCCGCCAGCCCUUUCCCGGCAGGAACCGGACAUUUCCCGCCCGUUCCCAACCUCUGGACUGGGUUUGGCGGGGCCGGACCGCGCCCCGGUGCUUCCCGGUACCGGAGCUCCUCGGUUUGCCCCGGUGCCGGAAUUCCCCGGUAACCCCGGGUUCCCUCCGGUGCCACAGCCCGUUCCCCUCAUUGCCACCCGGAGACGGAGCCAGGUCUCCCCGGUGCCCCCCCGGAGCACCCCCGGUGCAGGAGUCGGUUCUCCGCGGAGCCCCCCGGUGCCCGUGCCCGCUCCCCCCGGUUCUCCCCGGUGUCCCCCGGUGCACCGCGGAGCUGGUGCUCUCCGGGGCGGGGUUUGGGCCACGUUCGUGCCCCGGAGGGCGGAUUUUGGGGAGGCCGUGACGGAGGCGGGGUCGUCGGAGCCCUGCCCAGCCCAGCCCAGCCCAGCCCGGCCCGGCCCGGCGCGGACGAGGACGGGAACGGGGACGGCGGCGGGUCCGGGGGUUCGCCGGGAUGGGGGGACACGGGGACAACUACUACGGCAAACACGGAACGCCACAGAAGUAUGACCCGACUUUCAAAGGUCCCAUCUAUGACAGGGGCUGCACUGACAUCGUCUGCUGCGUCCUGCUGGUGGUGGCCAUCGUGGGCUACGUGGUGGUCGGCGUCGUGGCCUGGACCCACGGGGACCCCCGGAAGGUGAUCCACCCCACGGACAGCCGCGGGCAGUUCUGCGGGCAGCAGGGGACCCCCAACGAGAAAAAACCUUUCCUCUUUUACUUUGACAUCGUCAAGUGCGCGAGCCCGCUGGUGCUGCUGGAAUUCCAGUGCCCGACCACGCAGAUCUGCGUCAGCAAAUGCCCGGACCGGUACAUGACGUACCUGACCGCCUUCGGGAACGCCGCGUCGCUGCAAUAUUACCGGAAUUUCUGCACCCCCGAGUUCAAGAACUCGCAGAAGGCUCCCCUCGAGGUGCUGAGGGACAAGGAGUGUCCGGCCAUGCUCAUUCCCAGCACCCCACUGGCACGGAGAUGCUUCCCAGCCAUCCAGGCCAAGAAGGGCGUCAUCAUGGUGGGCAACGAGACCACCUACGAUGAUGGCCACGGGCGCCGCAGGAACGUCACCGAGCUGCUGGAAGGAGCCAAAAAAGCCAACGUGGUGCUGGAGACCCGGCAGCUGGCCAUGAAGAUCUUCGAGGAUUACACGGUGUCCUGGUACUGGAUCAUCAUAGGCCUCGUCAUUGCCAUGGUGGCCAGCCUGAUCUUCAUCGUCCUGCUGCGCUUCCUGGCCGGGAUCAUGGUGUGGGUGAUGAUCGUGAUGGUGAUCCUGGUGCUGGGAUACGGAAUCUUCCACUGUUACAUGGAAUAUGCCAAGUUAAAAGGGGAAGCAGGGUCGGAUGUGUCCCUGACAGACCUGGGCUUCCAGACCGACCUCCGUGUCUACCUCCACCUGCGGCAGACGUGGCUGGCGUUCCUGAUCAUCCUGUGCGUGCUGGAGGUGGUGAUCAUCCUGCUGCUCAUCUUCCUGCGCAAGAGGAUCCUCAUCGCCAUCGCGCUCAUCAAGGAGGCCAGCAGGGCCGUCGGUCACAUCAUGUCGUCGCUGCUGUUCCCCUUGUGCACCUUCUUCUUGCUGUGCCUCUGCAUCGCCUACUGGGCCAGCACUGCCGUCUUCCUGUCCACCUCCAACGAGGCUGUUUACAAGGUGUUCAACGAGUCCGCGUGCCCGUUCUCUGGGCAGACCUGCAAGCCCGAGACCUUCAACACUAGCAACGUCACCAAGCUGUGCCCUGAUGCCCAGUGCCUCUUCGCGUUCUACGGCGGUGAGACCGCCUAUCACAAGUACCUCAUCGUGCUCCAGUUCUUCAACGUCUUCAUGUUCUUCUGGCUCGCCAACUUCGUCAUCGCGCUGGGCCAGGUGACGCUGGCGGGUGCCUUCGCCUCCUACUACUGGGCCUUCAAGAAGCCCGACGACAUGCCGGCCUUCCCGCUCUUCUCCGCCUUCGGCCGCGCGCUCCGGUACCACACCGGCUCGCUGGCCUUCGGCUCGCUGGUCCUGGCCAUCGUCCAGGUCAUCAGGGUCACCCUGGAGUACCUGGACCACCGGCUGAAAGCCGCCGAGAACAAGUUUGCCAAGUUCCUCCUGAGCUGCCUCAAGUGCUGCUUCUGGUGCCUGGAAAAAUUCAUCAAGUUCCUCAACAGGAACGCCUACAUCAUGAUCGCCAUCUACGGCACCAACUUCUGCACCUCGGCCCGGAACGCAUUCUUCCUGCUGAUGAGGAACAUCAUCAGGGUGGCCGUGUUAGAUAAAGUCACGGAUUUCCUCUUCUUCCUCGGGAAGCUCCUCAUCGUGGGAAGCGUGGGAAUCCUCGCCUUCUUCUUCUUCACCCACCGGAUAAAGCUGGUCCAGGACACGGCGCCGCCACUGAAUUACUACUGGGUUCCAAUUCUGACGGUGAUCGUGGGCUCCUACCUCAUUGCCCACGGGUUCUUCAGUGUGUACGGCAUGUGCGUGGACACCCUCUUCCUUUGCUUCUUGGAAGACCUGGAGCGCAACGACGGCUCGGCGGAAAAGCCCUACUUCAUGUCCCAGAACCUGAGGAAGCUGCUCAAGAAGACCAACAAAGGCCAGCCCGACGCGUAGCGCCGCGUCGGAGAGCGCCCGGCACCGCCUGUCCCACGUGGAAUUCGCCUCUAUGGACCUUGGACCACCCCUGGCAGCGUGGGUGGAUUGGUAAAAUGCAGAUUUUUGAUGACUCGGCCUUAAAUCCUUGUGCUGGUAACGACGACGAGCCGCAGGGUCUGUGCCAGUGCCACUCCUGGGGCAAAAUCCCAGUUCCCGAGGGUCAGCGACUCCAGAGUGAAUUUAAUUGUGUUUGAUCCCGUUUUGGUCCCAGUAAAUCCUUCUGCGGUUGGCCUUCCUCGGCGCCCGCGGGGAUUUGAGCAGAUCUGGGUGCGGAAGUGACGCGGGAACGAGCCGGGAGGUUCAGGCAGCUCCUCGUGGGGCGUUUUCCUUGUGGCUCCCCUAAAUGUUGAAUUGUGGUUGUGCAUUCCUGCCCAGAGAGCUGGGACGGGCUGGCAUCACUUCCAGUCCCUCGCUGCCCUUUGCCGACACCCGAGGGCCCUGGUUUGGGCCCUAAUUAAUUAAUGAUUUUAAAACUAAGCUAAUUUGUGCUUUUGUAGCCACUGCAAGGGGUGAAGGUGGAGGGGAACGAGGGGGCCGUGAGCAGAUUUGGGGCCUGAGGCUCUGUCCAGCUCUUGCGCCUCUUGAGGGCCUGCAGCUUCCACAGAUUCCUCCCCAAAACGUCUGAUUCCCCAAAGUUGUCAGUUUAGGGCAAACCCUCCCCCAGCUUCCCAAACGCUUCACCUGCAUAAGGGGUUUUGGGACACCCCCGCCCCAGGGCAUGGGGAGGGGGCGUGGAUGGACCUGGGGGGAUUUUGGUUUCAUUCCGGGCGAUUUUAGCAAAGCCGUGGCAGCCAACCCCUGCCUCCAGCCAGGAGGGGGAAAAAGGGAUUUUUUUGUGUGUGGAAAAGGGGUCAAUUAACUCCAAAAUGUAACUAACUCAAACCUAAAAUGUAACAGAAUUAACCCUCAGACCCGGGGCAGCCACAGGAGCAGAGCCACCACCAGCAAUUGGGCUUUUUUGGGGGCUCAUUUGUUAAAAAAGGACUUAAAGAAAUUCUCUGAGGCUUUGGGGGACAAUUCCCAGCUCCCACAGGCUGGGGGGGGUCCCACCUUCCCCCCUCCCAGUGCUCACCUGGCUACAGGAAUUGGUGCUGAGGGAUCCUUUUGGCUUCUUUUUAUCCCAAUUCCCCUGCCACCUUUAGGUUUUGUAUCGUCCAGGGGACGUUUCUAUGGAAUUAUCCAAUCCUUUGGGGGGCUUUUGUAUAUUUUGCUUUUCCAGGAUGUUUUCAGUUGUGGUUAUUUGGAGCUUUUCCAGUGAAUUUUUGGGGGCAUGUUUUAGUUUCUCUGAUGCCACCGGGCAGAGCUUCCCUAGCUGGAAUCAAACACCCUGAUUUCUCUAAUUUUUCUUUUUAAAAUUCCCCAAAUGUUCCCUUUCCCCCUUCAUUUUUCAGUGCAGCUGAUCAGUGGACAGUGGAAGGAGUGGAAGGGAAAAUUGAAGCCAAAAUAAAUGAAGGAAAAGGUAAAACUAGAAAGGUGAAGGGAAAGACAGAAAAAUGAAGGGAAAGGUAAAAACAAAGCUGAAAAAGUAACAGUAAAGCUCAACAGAACAGAUCAAAUGAAGCUAAAAAGAGGCAAAUCCUCCCAGUUUGGGAUAAGUGGGAAUAAUUCAGGGAAUAAUCACCAGACCUUGUUCCACUUACAGCCAUUCCAGCACCUCCAGCACGUGUCCUGCAGCUCCUGAUGCUUGUUCUGGAUUAACUCAGUUUUUUCCCUCCCUGUGCAGGUUUCAGGGUGGAUUUGGUUUUAUUUCUGUUCAGAAUGUUCAUAUUGGGGGCGAAUUCUCUCUCACUCCUCAAUUUUCAUCUGUUUUCCUCCUAAAUCCUGACCCUUUGGGUGUGGGAACCUUGUGGGAAGCAGCUGAGGAGUGGCAGGAACUGGGUUUAUUUGCUUAAAAAGGCAAAAAACAGCAGGAAUUUGGAAGGCUGGAAGGAAAAGUGGUGAAGGAGAGAAGAAAUUUGAGAAAAUGUGUUCCUGGGGAAGCCGGGCUGGCUCGGCUGCCUCCCAGCAGCACAGGAUUUGAGGAGAAUUAAGGAUUUUUAUUGCCAAUAAACCCAAGUGGCUUUUUGUGAAGUGUUGGGGAGCAGUGAGGGAAAUAUUCCUGUAAAAUAGGGUUUUUUUGGAAAACUCAGAGCGAGGGCAGCUGUCCGGGGGAAUCACUCCAAGACUGGGUUCCUGCUUCCAGGCAAAGCUCAAUGUUCGAGGCAUUAAAUGAUGGAAUUUAGGGUUAAUGGCACUUUUCCCCCCGGUCUAGAAAUGCGGCUUGUGUCCCUACAAACCUGAUUGUUCUGCGGGCAAAGAAAGCAACCCUAAAUCCUAAAAAAAAAAAGCUAAACUCGCAGGGGUGAUGUUUUACAGGAAAAUGCUCAUUUUUCGUGUGUUUUUGAGGCAUUAAGGGUGCUGUGAGACUCCGGAGUCUCUGCGCGGUUCCGUCAGCGUCGCGACCAACAAUAAAAAAGUGCCUGUUUGGA